AUGUUUCCUCCUUUCGAUUACUUCCAGUACCGUAGUGCUCGCAACUUCAAGCGCAACCAAAGAUCGCAGCGCUUUGCUUCUCUGCCUUCUGUCUACCAUGCUCCCUUCUCCGCCUUUGAUCAGUCAGUGAUCGACAAGCCAAUCGAAGAGCUUGUCCAAGACGUCCACAAGGGCGCCCUCGCCCCCGUCGAUGUACUACAUACUUAUGGCAAGAUCGCCAUCAAGGCGCAGGAACGAUGCAAUUGUAUAACGGAAUUGCUGAUUCCAGAGUCUGAAGAAUGGGCAAAGUCUGGGAUCAACCUUCAGGGGCCAUUGGCUGGUAUCCCUGUUUCGUUGAAAGACUCCAUCCAGGUUGGUGGCUUCGACACUUCUGUGGGCUAUACGAGAUAUACCCGUCAGCCAGCUGCAAAGGAUGGUGCCUUAGUUCGGCUGUUAAAAGACGCAGUUUUCCUGUCUGACAUGAUUCAAGGUGCUGUUCCAUAUGCAAAGACUGCUCUUCCGAUCACACUACUCUCCUUUGAAUCUACCAAUGAUCUCUGGGGAGUUUGCCGUAACCCCCAUGGCUCUGCUUUCACUCCUGGUGGCUCUUCUGGUGGUGAAGCUGCUCUCUUGGCCAUGGGAGGCCGUAUUGGUGUCGGCUCUGAUGUUGCUGGCUCCGUCCGUCUCCCUGCUGCAUGGAGUGGUUGUUAUUCUCUCCGCUGCAGCACUGGGCGAUGGCCGAAGGCCGGCGUCAGCACUAGUAUGGCGGGACAGGAGGGCGUUCCUAGUGUUUUCAGCCCUAUGGCAAGAACACUCAAUGAUCUGACUUACUUCGCUCGGUCCAUUAUUGGAAUGGAGCCAUGGAAGUACGAUACCACAGUUCAUCCAAUCGUCUGGAGGAGCGAAAUAGAAGACGAGGCCAAGACGAAGAAGCUCCGAAUUGGUGUCAUGAGGUCGGACGUUGCCCGUGGAAUAAACACCACAGUUGCUGCUUUGACCGCAGCCGGGCACACAAUCGUUGAGGUCAAGGAGCCAGAGACUGCUACUUCCUUAAUGGGUCUUAACCUCGCGUCUCUUCUGCUGAACUCUGAUGGUUGUGAAACGUUCAAUUCCCAUUUGCAAACAGGUGAAUCUUCUGAUCCGGGUGCUGCCCACCUCACCACUUUCUCUUGGUUUUCUUGGCCAUUCCGAUAUGCCUAUUACCUCUUUGUUCGCUACAUUAAGCGUGAUCCAACAUGGGCGUACCUUCUCCGUGACUUUGGCCUCAAAACUGCUACUCAGCAAUGGAAGCUUGUCGCCCAGCGUGAAACUUUCCGUGCUACCUGGCACGACUGGUGGAACGCCAAGGAGCAAGACUUCGACUUCAUUCUUUGCCCUGUCAAUGCCACCCCUGCACUCCCCCACGGCGCUAUGACUGAUGCUGUCAGCGCCUGUGGCUACACUUUCUUCUGGAAUAUGCUUGAUUACUCUGCCGGUGUCAUUCCAGUCGGCCAUGUUGAUGCUAAGAGGGAUGCCCUUGUUGGGCCUGAUGGCAAGAAGGGCAAGAAUGUGUACAAGCGUGUGCUGAAGAACUUGGGUGUUGACAGUGCCGUUUCCCGGGGUGCCUGGAAGUACUAUGAUGCCGAUGCUAUGCACGGUCUUCCUAUUGCUGUCCAGGUUGUUGGGCGAAGGUGGCACGAGGAGAAGGUUAUCGGGUGUAUGCAUGCUGUUGAGCGAGCCUUGGAAGAGUACAAGGGCCCGGGUGGUGAUGGUGGAAAGUACCAGCUCUUGGAAGUUGACUGA